AUGGCCAACUACAUCCACGUCCCGCCCGGUUCCCCAGAGGUGCCCAAGCUGGACAUCACUGUCAGCGAACGGGAGGGGCCCGGCUACCGCCAGGGCGCCCUGCAGCUCCUGCGCCGCCUGCGGCCCCACUGGAGACCCGAAGAGGUGACGCUGCAGCUGUUCACAGAUGGAAUCACCAAUAAAUUAAUUGGCUGCUAUGUGGGUGAGAUAACAGACGAUGUCGUUCUGGUUAGGAUCUAUGGAAAUAAGACAGAGCUCUUAGUAGAUCGAGAUGAGGAAGUGAAGAGUUUCCGCGUGUUGCAGGCCCAUGGCUGUGCACCUCAGCUGUACUGUACUUUCAAUAAUGGCCUAUGCUAUGAGUUCAUGCAAGGAGAGGCACUGGAUCCAGAGCAUGUAUGCAAUCCAGAUAUUUUCAGACUUAUUGCCAGACAGCUUGCUAAAAUCCAUACUAUUCAUGCGCACAAUGGGUGGAUUCCGAAGUCUAACUUGUGGCUGAAGAUGGGGAAAUACUUCUCUCUCAUACCCACAGAAUUUGCAGAUGAGGAAGUAAAUAAAAGGUUUUUAAGUGACAUUCCAAGUCCUCAAGUUCUUCAGGAAGAGAUGACCUGGAUGAAGGAAAGACUGUCAAAUUUAGGAUCACCAGUGGUACUCUGUCACAAUGACCUGUUGUGUAAGAAUAUUAUUUACAACAAGAAACGAGGUGAUGUGCAGUUCAUAGACUAUGAGUACUCUGGAUACAACUACUUGGCUUAUGACAUUGGAAACCACUUCAAUGAGUUUGCAGGAGUAAAUGAAGUAGACUACAGCCUUUACCCUAACAGAAAAUUACAGGAACAAUGGCUUAGAUCUUACCUUGAGGCCUACAAAGAAUAUAAAGGAUUUGGCACAGAAGUCAGUGAAAAAGAAGUUGAAGUUCUGUAUGUCCAAGUCAAUCAGUUUGCACUGGCUUCUCACUUCUUUUGGGGAUUGUGGGCUCUAAUUCAAGCCAAAUAUUCCACCAUUGACUUUGAUUUUCUAGGGUAUGCAAUUGUUCGGUUUAACCAGUAUUUCAAAAUGAAGCUGGAGGUCAUGACAUUGGCUCUUCCUGAGUAAUGAGGAAGAAGAAACUUACCAAGUGGAUAGACAACCCCUGAAUCUUUUCUGAGAACAGAUACUGGAAAAAAAGCUAAACAUUUGCUGAAGUUCUGUAAUGCUCAC